AAAUUAUGAAGUGUAUGCUCAAAGCAUUCCAUGGUUAAUUCUUGAGAACGACUCUCCUUUGCAACAUGCAGAUGCUGAAAGUUACCUAAUGUUUAUUUCUAAAAUGAUCACUAGUAGUAUUUGUCUUACUCAUUUGGAACUCGGGAAAAUUCAAUCUCUCACUGCUUUUCCCACAAAUGGUAUACCCACUUCAUUGCAGUCCCUUUGGAUUUAUGGUUGUAGCAAGUUAUCCUUCAUGCCUUUCGAAACAUUUCACAAUUAUACAUCACUUAAGAGUCUUCAUAUGUGGGAUAGCUGUGAUUCACUUACAUCAUUUCCACUUGAUGGUUUCCCUGUGCUCCAAACACUUCACAUUGAUGGUUGUAGGAGAGUAUGGAUUCCAUUUUCAUUUUAGAAAGUCCUUCACAUCGGCAGUCAAGUCUUCGAUCACUUCGAAUCGAAUCCCAUAGAUCAAUUGAAUCACUUAAAGUCAAUCUUCGGUUGGACACGCUCACUGGUCUUGAAUAUUUGCACCUGAGUUGUACUGGAGAGUUGUCAUUUUGUGAAGGAGUUUGUCUACCUCCCGAGUUACAAUCAAUUGCUAUUUAUUCUCACAAAACAUCACCUCCUCUAACAGAAUGGAGUCUCCAAGACUUAACCGCUCUUUCAAGCUUGACAAUUCUAGAAUUGGGUGAAAUGGAAAACACCUUGAUGGUCGAUUCGUUGCUCCCGAACUCCCUUGUGUCUCUCACUGUUGGUGAUAAUCUUUCCUUCGAAGGAAAUGGAAUUCGACACCUCUCCUCUCUCCAAAAUCUCGACUUUUAUAAUUGUCGACAUCUCAAGUCAUUGCCAGAAAACUGCCUUCCUUCCUUACUAAAAUCACUUGAAUUUAUUAAUUGUGAAAGGCUAGAGUCAUUACCAGAAGAUAGCAUCCCUACCUCUCUUAAGAAACUGACUAUAGAAGAAUGCCCUUUGUUAGAAGAAAGGUGUGAGAUAUUGGAUCAAACUCUAGUAUGGUCGAAGGGUAGCCUCUAGGUGUGAGAUAUUGUAGUUCGACAGGGUUAAGCAUGGAGUCGAAGGUUGCUCACAUGCAGGUGUCGAAGAGUGCAUGUUGUAGUCGAAGAUGGGUCGAACAUGCAGACGUCGAAGAUGCUAGGGUUGUUAGCAUGUUAAAUUAGGUUUUAGUGUUUAAACCCUAAUUUGUUAAGUUAGCUUGUGUAUUAAGUUGGCUUGUGUAAUGGGCCUUGCUGAAAAAGCCCAUUAGUUAGUAUGUUAGGUUUUUAUUAUAAAUAGCAUACUAGUCUCUCAUCAUUGCUAAGCUGCAAAUCCUAAUUUAGGGUGAGAGAGGUUAUUUGUUAUUCUUGUAAACUUGUAAUCUUGUUUUAAGAGAAAGUAAAAGAAUAACAGUUAUAACCAAUUCUUGUCCUCUUCUUCCUUGUCCUUUAUUCUUCCCUUGCAUUAUACUUUGUUCUUGGUAUUGAAUUCAUAACAAAUUGGUGCGGUGAGCGUGGAGAAGAUGCCUUCAACAAAGUAUGAGAUUGAAAAGUUCCAGGGAGUGAAUGAUUUCGGUCUGUGGCGCUUGAAGAUGAAAGCCCUACUGGUUCAGCAGGGUUGUUUGGAAGCGUUGAAGGGAGAGGCAACCAUGAAUGCAGAAUUGACGGCAGCGGAGAAGACAAAUAUGAUCGAGAAAGCACACAGCGCAAUUUUGUUGAGCCUUGGUGAUAAGGUUCUCAGACAGGUAUC